AUGGGAGCAUCCAUUGGCAGUGAAUUUUUAGUCCGCACAUGCAUCGAGGGUUUUCUCCCUGGGACCAACUCCCCGAUAAUCCUGCCCCGUCCUCUAAAACUAUACUCGUCUCUUCUCCAUCCCCUCCAUCUUCACCACGCCCCCUCCUCUCCCUUCAUCCUCCACCAUCCUCCCUCCCUCCCCACCCUCACCCCACCCCCUCUUCUCAAACACAAGGACCUACAGAGCCGUCAUUUAGGCGAGCCUUCUGAAUCCGAGUGUGCCUCCCCUGAAGGCCCAGGAGCACCUCUUUCCGUUUCAGAUACAGCACCUCCUGCUCCUGCUGUUCCCUCAGGAGCAACUCUUUCUGCUUCAAGUGUGUCUCUUGUUGCUCCUUUUGUUCCCUCAGGAGCAGCUCUUUCUGUUUCAGGUGAGCCUCCUCCUCCUUCAGGAGAAUGUCCUCCUGCCUCAGGUGCUCCUUCUCUGUUGCCUUCAGCCCCUUUUGAGUCGACUCAAAAGUCUUUCAGCUGCAUCUUCCUCCUUCUCUCCCUCACACUCAUUCACCCCCCAACUCCCCACAUUGACAUCCCCCCUGGGACAGAGGGGAGAGGGUUCUCCCUCCCCCUCUCCCUCCCCCUCUCCCUCCCCCUCUCCCUCCUCUUCUCCCUCUCCUUCUCCCUCCUCUUCUUCUUCUUCUUCUUCCUCUUGUUCUCCCUCCUCUUCCCUCUUCUCUUCUCCCUCCCUCCUCCCUCCUCCACCAACGUUGCCCUCCCCUCGCACCGGCACCACUGCCUUCCCCAAACUACCCUCAUUCCCACCAAGGGGUACCUCUACUCCUUCCGCUGUCCCCCUCACCAUCGAUGCCCUUCCCAUGAAGCGGCAUCGCUAGCCUUCUUAUGCUGCCCGUAUAGCCUAGUAACGAUGGAUUUCCUUCCUCCUCUUUCCCCCUCUCUCCUCCAACCGCGUUGCCCUCCCUUUGCACCUGUUGCUUCGCUGCAUCGCGCUGCAUCGCUGCCAUUCCCAUGGUGUUUCGCUCCUCUGCAGCCAAGGAUUGGGUUCUUGCUCUCUUCUCUGUCCCCAACCCUCCUCCGACCGCGUUGCCUUCUCCUUGAACCUGCAUCGUUUCCCUUCCCAUGCCGCCCUCCCCUGAAGGAAGAAAAAGGGGUGUUUCCUCCUCGCCAUCCCUCUCCUCCCCUCUUCUCCCCUUUCCUUCCAACCUCUUCCCUCCUCUCCUCCUCCCUCCUCACGGCUUCCUUCCUCUCCUCCUCCCUCCUCGCGGCUUCCUUACUCUCAUCCUCCCUCCUCGCCGCUUCCUUCCUCUCCUCCUCCCUCCUCGCGACUUGCUUCCUCUCCUCCUCCCUUCUUUCCGCUUCCUUCCUCUCCUCCUCCCUCCUCGCUGCUUCCUUCCUCUCCUCCUCCCUCCUCGCAGCUUCCUUCCUCUCCUCCUCCCUCCUCGCGGCUUCCUUCCUCUCCUCCUCCCUUCUUGCCGCUUCCUUCCUCUCCUCCUCCCUCCUCGCCGCUUCCUUCCUCACCUCCUCCCUCCUCGCGGCUUGCUUCCUCUCCUCCUCCCUUCUUGCCGCUUCCUUCCUCUCCUCCUCCCUCCUCUUCCUCUCCUCCUCCCUCCUCGCCGCUUCCUUCCUCUCCUCCUCCCUCCUCGCCGCUUCUUUCCUCUCCUCCUCCCUUCUUGCCGCUUCCUUCCUCUCCUCCUCCCUCCUCGCUGCUUCCUUCCUCUCCUCCUCCCUCCUCGCGGCUUCCUUCCUCUCCUCCUCCCUCCUCGCCGCUUCCUUCCUCUCCUCCUCCCUUCUUGCCGCUUCCUUCCUCUCCUCCUCCUCCCUCCUCUUCAUCUCCUCCUCCCUCCUUGCCGCUUCUUUCCUCUCCUCCUCCCUCCUCGCGGCUUGCUUCCUCUACUCCUCCCUUAUUGCCGCUUCCUUCCUCUCCUCCUCCCUCCUCGCUGCUUGCUUCCUCUCCUCCUCCCUCCUCGCCUCUUCCCUCCUUUCCUCUCCCCUCCUUUUCUCCUCCCUCCUCGCCUUUUCCUUUCUCGCCUUUUCUCUCCUCGCCGCUUCCCUCCUCUCCUCCUCCUUCCUCUCCUCCUCCCUCCUCGCAGCUUGCUUCCUCUCCUCCUCCCUCCUCUCUGCUUCCUUCCUCUCCUCCUCCCUCCUCGCUGCUUGCUUCCUCUCCUCCUCCCUCCUUGCCUCUUCCCUCCUUUCCUCUCCCCUCCUUUUCUCCUCCCUCCUCGCCUUUUCCUUUCUCGCCUUUUCUCUCCUCACCGCUUCCCUCCUCUCCUCCUCCUUCCUCUCCUCCUCCCUCCUCGCCGUUUCCUUCCUCUCCUCCUCCCUCCUCACCGCUUCCUUCCUCUCCUCCUCCCUUCUUGCCGCUUCCUUCCUCUCCUCCUCCCUCCUCUCCGCUUCCCUCCUCUCCCACACCCUCCUCGCCGCUCCCUUCCACCACUCCUCCCUCCUCGCUUCUUCCCUCCUCUCCUCUCCCCUCCUUUCCUCCUCUUCCCUCUCCUUCCCUCUCACUGCCUCUUCUUCCCUCUCCUCCCUAACCACCAGUCCUUCGUGCACCCUCAUCCCCUUGUCCCCCUCAUGUGCCCUCUUUACCCCCGCCUCACUCCCCUCCGCUCCGCCACGCACACCAAGUACCCUGCUCCCACUUCCCCCCUCUUUCUUGUGUUGCGUCCUUGCAUGCUUUAACAUGCUGCGUUGA